AUGAGUGAUGUUCGGCACUCUAAAGAGGAUGGAGAUGACAGUAAGUUGGACUCUAGCGGUGCCGCCGCAAGUAGUCUGGGCGACUCCAAAUAUAACCUUAUGGAAGAUUAUUACAAGGCACUGAAAAAGUUGCAAUACGAGACGAUGAAAAUCGACGCAUCUUUCUACCGAGAACUCUUCGAGCUGGAAAUGAAAUAUGAUGCACAACAUCAGAAAAUUUUUGACCAACGAAAAGAGAUUGUUACGGGUCAGCAUGAACCUGCAGAUGACGAAUGUGAUUGGCCAUCCGAUAACGAGAAUGUUGCCGGUGAUGGGGAUGAAGUGGAGAAAUUGUGUGAUGAUGUUCAGAAGAAAGCCGGCUUUGAAACUUCGGACAGCGGAGAUAAAGAAGAUCUCAAAGGAAUUCCUGAAUUUUGGUUGAAGACAAUGAAGAACGUUUCCCUAUUAGAUGAGAUGAUCAAAGAACAUGAUGUAGAUAUUCUGAAGCAUCUCACAGACGUCAAGUGCAUUCUUCACAACGACGAACCGUAUUUUACAAACAAAGUUUUGACCAAGCGGUAUUUCUUCAACUACGAAAUAUCACGUGAUGAACCCUUCGAAUAUGAAGGUCCUGAGAUUGUGCGCGCAAAAGGCUGCGCCAUCAAUUGGAAUCCCGGGAAGAAUGUUACUGUGAAGCUCAUCAAGAAAGUACAGAAGAAGAAGAGCGGAAACGCCAAACGAACCAUAACGAAGAGCGUACAGGAAGAUUCAUUCUUCAACUUCUUCGAUCCUCCUUCUGAAGGUAUUUUGUUUGAUGUUCAUGCUAAUACUGUUCAGCCGUAA